ACUACCCUUUCCAACUCAUGUCUGUGUCAAGUGCUCCAGUCCUUCACCUGCAACGCGAUGUAUCCAGAGACAAAGUUCGAAGGAUUUGGGGUUUUGCAAGGGUUUAACUGAGAGCCACAGCCACUUUCACAAGUAUAUCCACAGAACCCCUCAAAUACCACCAUGAGAAGAGCUUCAAUUUCACUUCUCUCUCACCUUACUCGCCAAAAGAACAAAGCACUGACUCCUUUCCUUUCCAGAAACUACAUUUCUGACACCGCACCUUCUUCGUCCUCUUUGCUUCACUCAUCUAGCAAUCAUCUCAAACACUGCACCAAAACUAAUGGCCUAAUCCUCAAACCUCGCCAAUUCCAAGCAACCCCAUCUCCAAAUAUUGACGCCCUUGUCGAAAAAAAUGUUCAAAUCUCCUCUAGGCAGAGAAAAAUCAAGGAAAAGUAUGAACUUGAAGAGGCUUUUGAGUCUGCAGAGACAGCUGAGGAGAUGCUUCAAGCUUUUAAAGAAAUGGAGGCUUCUUUUGAUGAGAAAGAGCUUGGGUUGGCUUCAUUGAAAAUUGGGUUAAAACUGGACCAAGAAGGUGAGGACCCAGAAAAGGCAUUAUCUUUUGCUACUAGAGCUCUGAAAGUUAUUGAUAAAGAUGGUAAUAAACCUUCUUUACUUCUUGCCAUGGCUUUGCAAUUAAUGGGCUCUGCUAAUUGUAGUUUAAAAAGGUUUAGUGAUGGUUUAGGGUAUUUAAAUAGGGCUAAUAGGAUAUUGGGUAAGCUAGGGGAGGAGGGAAGUAAUAAUGUAGGGGAUAUGAAGUCAGUGCUGCAUGCGGUGCAACUAGAGUUAGCGAAUGUGAAGACAGCAAUGGGGAGGAGAGAGGAGGCUUUAGAGAAUCUUAGGAAGUGCUUAGAGAUCAAAGAAAUGAUGUUGGAGAAAGAUAGUAAGGAAUUGGGUUUGGCAAAUAGGAAACUGGCAGAGGCAUAUGUUGCAGUAUUGAAUUUCAAGGAGGCAUUGCCAUUUGGUUUGAAGGCCUUGGAUAUACAUAGGAGCGGACUGGGGAAUAAUUCUGUGGAGGUUGCACGUGAUAGAAGACUUCUCGGGGUCAUUUACACUGGGUUGGAGGAGCAUCAGAAGGCAUUGGAGCAGAAUGAGUUGUCGCAAAAGGUCUUGAAGAAUUGGGGUCUUAGUUCAGAUUUGCUUCAUGCAGAGAUUGAUGCCUCGAAUAUGCAGAUAGCAUUGGGCAGGUAUGAUGAGGCUAUUAAUACUCUGAAGGGUGUUGUUCAGCAGACGGAAAAAGACAGUGAAACUCGAGCAUUGGUGUUUAUAUCUAUGUCAAAAGCUCUGUGUAAUCAAGAGAAGUUUGCUGACUCAAAGAGUUGUCUGGAGAUUGCUUGUAGAAUCCUUGACAAGAAAGAGUCAGUUUCUCCAGUUGAAGUUGCUGAGGCAUACUCAGAGAUAGCAAUGCAGUAUGAAGCUAUGAAUGAAUUGGAAACAGCAAUUUCACUGUUGAAGAGAACGCUUUCUUUGCUUGAGAAGCUCCCACAAGAACAGCACUCAGAAGGAAGUGUUUCUGCUAGAGUUGGGUGGUUACUUUUGUUGACAGGUAAGGUGACUCAGGCAAUUCCUUACUUGGAGAAUGCUGCUGAAAGGUUGAAAGAAAGCUUCGGUUCUAAGCAUUUUGGAGUGGGUUAUAUCUAUAACAAUUUGGGGGCAGCAUAUUUGGAACUGGAUAGACCACAGUCAGCUGCACAGAUGUUUGCAGUCGCGAAAGAUAUCAUGGAUGUGGCACUUGGUCCUCAACAUGUAGAUUCAAUAGAGGCAUGUCAAAAUCUCUCUAAAGCAUAUGGUGCCAUGGGAAGCUAUGCCAUUGCAACUGAAUUUCAACAGCGGGCAAUUGAUGCCUGGGAAAGCCAUGGACCAAGUGCAAGAGAUGAACUCAUGGAAGCCCGUCGACUUCUUGAACAAUUAAAGACAAAAGCACGUGGUGCCUCCACAAACCAGCUUUCUACUAAGGCUUUGCCGUUGCCUCAUAGUAGUCCCUCUGGCAGAAGCCUGCAGCCUGACAUGCCUCUUAACCAGAAUCAAACGAGCAUGACAUAAUCUGUCACAUAUAGCACAUUCCUGUUUGGGUUAGUUUUUCAUGCAAGUUUAGUGGGUAUAGCACAUUCCUGUUUGGGUUAGUUUUUCAUACAAGUUUAGUGGGUUUCUUGUUGCUUGUGAUGAAUUUUUUUUUCUACCUGUCUUUCUCAUUCAUAUAAUCGUUAUACCUUUCAUAUAUACAUAACUAGCUCUAAUUAUUUUGUUCAAAAAGAUUUGAAUUCAAAAUCAGUGUUGUGACACCAUAGUUAUUAAGAUGAAGAUUUUUUGAGAGUAGCAAAAAAUGAAGAUUGAAUUCUUUUUAUUUUGUCAUUCAA